UCCAAAUCAAAUCUUGUCCCAUGGCAAGUAAUCCUGUCUCUAAUAGCCAAGAUGGUGUGGCAAGAUCUAUAUCAGAUGCCCCACCAACACAUUAUGUGGUCAAGAUACAGUUAUUCUCAUUGCUUUUGAAAAACUCGGUAGAAAAAUAUGAAUCUGGAGAUUUUGAGGCCGGAGGCGACAAAUGGAAAUUGGUUCUCUACCCAAGUGGAAAUAAAAGUAGGAAUGUCAAGGACUACAUCUCUCUCUAUCUAGCAAUUGCUGAUACAGAUUCACGCAGUUCGGAGGUCUGUGACAGUUUCAAAUUGUUUUUGCUUGAUCAGAAUCAGGACAAUUAUUUGGUCGUUCAUGAUGCUACGGAAAAGGAAAGACGCUUCCGUGGAUUGAGAAAUCAAUGGGGCUUCGAUCAAUUCCUGCCACUCAGAACAUUCAAUGAUGUCGCCAGUGGAUACCUUGUGGAUGAUACAUGUGUUUUUGGAGCGGAGGUGAAGAUACAGAUGUAUCCAAAGGGAAGGCGUCAUGGAUUGGGCAGUCAUAUUUCUCUAUAUUUGGCUUUGGCAGAUCCAAAAGCUACCCCUAGUAGUUCUAAAAUAUUGGCAGAGUUCACUUUGCGAAUGGUGGAUCAAAUGCAGGGCAGGCACAUUUCAGGCAAAGUAAGUUACUGGUUCAGUGGGUCUAGUCCGGAGAAUGGAUGGGCAAAGUAUGUGACUUUUGGCUAUUUCAAUCUACCAAGCAAUGGUUGUUUGGUGAAGGAUGUUUGCGUGGUGGAAGCAGAGGGCAUCAAGGUGAUUGAAUGCAAUAUUAAAGAGAAGGAGUACGAUUGGCUCAAUGCAUGUGCAAUAGGAUAUGCUACCUCUUUGGAGGUUAUUCCAUCUCUUCAAGAGGUUUUUGAGAUGGAAGGUUGUUUUCACAUUGUAGUUGUGCCCAUGGGAGGAUGCAUGGUGCUUCUCAAAGGUGAUAAUAUUGCUCGAAUGAAGGAGUUGGUAGACAAUGAGCAAAGGUUGGCAGAAGUGAUAGAUGGCAAGGGAGAUGACUCAAGCUUUUCCAAUGACUCAAGUAAUGUAGAAUGCCACCAUGUUGAGGAAGAUGAAGAGGUUGGCUGGGCAGAUACUCUUGAGGCAGUUGAAAAGACACAUGAAUUUCGUGUCUCCCUAUACGAGACAAUCAUGUAGGAGAAGCUACAGAUGUGGAAUGAGUUGAAGGAUGUAAUAUCAUCCAUUGGAGGCAAAAUAUGUGUAGCAGGUGAUUUCAAUGCAAUCUUGAAUUCAAGUGAGAAAGUAGGGAGAUCAGAUUGUUCAAGAGAAAUAAUAGCCUUUAAUGAGUUUUUGCUAGAUAUAGGUUUGGUUGAUUUAUAAUUGGUUGGGAGAAAAUUUACAUGGUAUAAACUUGAUGGGUCUACUAUGAGUAGAAUUGAUAGAUUUUUGGUGAAUUAUGAAUUAUUGGAUGAAUGAAAUGAUUGUUGUCAG